CUUCUCUAAAAUUAUCGCCUUUAAUGCUAUCGCUACGCUCUCCCUCUUUCUUGGCUAUUUGCUCUUGCAGAAGUUGGACGUGUGUAAAUCUCGUUACACCGCGACUCACAAACUGUAAACUGGCUUUACCUAGAAUCCCAACCAUUGUCCCGAACAAGCUUCAUCGCAAUAAAAUCACAAUGUCAUCUGCCCUGGUAGACUCCAAGGGCUACAUUGGUCAGUCUGGUCGACAUUAUAGCAUCGAACGGGUGCUUCAAGAACAAACAUCUCCAUUACGCCGGGUUUACUUUGCUACUGCCAACAACCAAAUUUUUAUACUGAAGUAUAACUCCAUGUUCGUUUUCGAGUACUUCACCGAUCAUCUCCUCCGCCUCGUUCAGAAGGACUUGCCCCUCGCAGUGACAAAACAGAUCCUGAAAGAGGCCCUUCGUGGAAUCACGGAGCUCCAUGAUCAUGAUAUUAUCCAUACGGAUAUUAAGCCAGACAAUGUUUUGAUCGACUGGGAAGAGCGUCAGGAUGGAAUAUUUAUCGAGCGAGUCCAGCUUGGCGAUCUUGAAGAUGCCGCACAUAUCCCUCCUGGAUCACAUAUUAUUGGAAAACAGGCAGGUAACUGGAUGUGGAGGAGUCCUGAAGCACACGCCCGAGGACCGGUGGAUAAGCCGUCUGAUAUCUUCUCUUUCGCCCUUGUUUGCAUUUACGCGGUGCAUAAACGAGUCAUCUUUGCCGUUGAGGAAGAGGAGCUGGACGAGGGCGUAGACCCCUUGGCCAUCGUAAUUGAGCGUCAAAUCUCAUAUUUUGCAGAUGAGGACGGAUUGAGUGGGUUUCUGACAAAUCUCGGCGAGAAUCCUUGGGUUCCCAUCUUUGAAGUAACUCGGGAUGAUUUCAAUCAAGACAACCCACGCAGACCAUUCUCCCUUUGGGAGGGUGUCGACGAAGAUUUCAAAAACCUUAUUUGUGCCAUGACGAACUUUGAUUCGGGGAAGAGAAUCACGGCACGUGAGGCAUUGGCACAUAAGCGGUUUGAAGAUGCUUAA